AUGCUGUUCUUGUUCUUGUUCUUAUUACCGGCAGUUCUAGCUGCACCAGCGAAGAGAGAUGGUGACCCUACAGUCACCAUUUCUCACCCCCAGGCAACCAUUCUUGGCUCGUCGGCGUUGAGUAGGAUCGAUGAAUUUAAUGGCAUUCCCUUCGCACAGCCCCCAACAGGAGCUCUUCGACUUAAGCCUCCAAAGCCGAUAACGAGACCACUGGGUGCUAUACAGGCAAUUUUUGCGGCCAAAUCAUGCCCUCAAUUCUCUAUGAACACCGACACCAGCGAUUUCCCGACAUCGGUAAUUGCAAAAUUAUCCAACAUCCCAAUCUUUCAGACCAUUGCAAAUGUGGGGGAGGAUUGUCUGACUCUUGAUAUUCGUCGUCCGGCUGGGACGAAGCCUGAUGCGAAACUGCCCGUGCUGGUGUGGAUCUAUGGUGGAGGCUUUGAGACUGGUUCUACCGCCAUGUACGAUGGCACAAGCCUUGUCACUGCCUCUAUCAACCUUCAGAUGCCUGUCAUCUUUGUGACCAUGAACUAUCGCCUUGGUGCCUUUGGCUUCUUGCCUGGCUCCGAGGUCCUGAAAGACGGUUCUGCGAACCUCGGUCUACUCGACCAGCGACUGGCUCUGGAAUGGGUUGCUGAUAAUAUUGAAGCCUUCGGCGGCGAUCCAUCCAAGGUGACUCUCUGGGGUGAAUCAGCCGGUGCCAUUUCCGUCUUCAACCAGCUCGCCCUGUACGAUGGCAACCAUACGUAUAAAGGAUCGCCACUGUUCCGCGGCGGCAUCAUGAACUCUGGCAGUAUCACUCCUGCCGACCCAGUGGACUGCGCCAAGGGCCAGGCUGUCUUCGAUCAUGUGGUGAAAAAUGCUGGUUGCGAUGAUGAGAAAGAUGCGCUGGCGUGUCUGCGCAAUUUGGAUUAUACGAGCUUCUUGAACGCGGCCAACUCCUUCCCCAACGACGUGUCAUACACAUCAAUUUCCUUGCCAUAUCUGCCUCGACCAGAUGGCAAAGUUUUGACAGAUUCACCAGAAAGACUAGCCGAAAGUGGCAAAUACGCCGACGUGCCGUUCAUUAUCGGCGAUCAGGAAGAUGAAGGCACCAUCUUUUCUUUGGCGCAAACCAACAUUACAACCACCGAGGAGAUUGUGGAUUAUUUGCAGGAUGUUUUCUUCUUCGACGCUACUCGGGCGCAACUGGAGGAGCUUGUAUCAAAAUACCCGGAUACCUCAGUCCAUGGUUCGCCCUUCCGCACCGGUGGCUUCAAUAAUUGGUACCCCCAGUAUAAGCGCAUUGCAGCAAUUCUGGGCGACGUUGCCUUUACCAUAAGCCGACGGGUAUUCCUGACACACGCCAAAAACGCAAAGCCUGAUAUCCCCUUCUGGUCAUACCUCUCGUCAUAUGACUACGGCACUCCCAUCCUCGGCACUUUCCACGGGUCUGACGUGCUCCAAGUCUUCUACGGGAUCUUGCCAAACUACGCGUCCCAAUCCAUCCAUUCCUACUACUUGUCAUUUGUUUACGACCAGGACCCCAACUCUCGAGCAAAAUACAUGGAGUGGCCGCAGUGGAGUGGAAAUAACAGCCUGAUGCAUUUCUUCAGUGAUCACGGUGCAUUACUGCCUGAUGAUUUCCGUCAACCUGUUUUUGAUUUUCUCUUGGAGAAUCCCAGCUCUUUGCAUGUUUAA